UGGGCUGUGAGUAUCGCUUAUCAAAUACUUUUCCCUUUCCUCUCCCCUUUCCAUUUCACGUGAUCCAUCGCCUAAAGUAGCUGUGCUUUUUUGUUUCUUCUUUCUUUUGGUUUUUGUUUGAUGUCAGUUUUUUUCUUUUGUCUGGUUUUCUUUUAAUUACUCAUAAUGAUCUGGGUCUUUUUGUUAUACUUAGGAAGAUGUACUGGGUAUCUCAAACCAAGUGCAAAUGAUCACAUAAACUGGAGAACUUGUUUUCUUUCUUCCUUUAUAGAUUUCCGGAGCACAGUUCAAUCUUUUUUUUUUUGUUUGAUUAGAGCAGUCCUCAAUUUAAUUUGUAAAUCGGAUAUUCUCUUGCAAGAAUAAUUGUUAUUCUCAACCUUUCGGCAUAGUUUCUGGAUUUUAACGUCCGGAGUCCUGCAACUGAUGGUGGAUUGUUUUAUUGUAUUUUCCUUGAUUGAGCAAAGGAGUUAAUUUUAUUAUUUUUUAUAUUCAAUCUUUUUUGGAUUAGACGAUUCUUUGGUUGUAUUUGUGAAAUUUUAUUAACGGUCCAAAUUAGAGUAGGGGAUUUCUAUUUUAUUUUAUUUCUCUGAUUUUGCUUUAUAUCAUAGUUGGUCCUUUCCAUUUGAGUCGAGAUUUGCAUUUCUGCUGGUGAAACAGCAUCAUCCUUCUGUGCAUGAAAUAAGAAAUUAUAUUGAAGAUGGUUAAUAAAUAGGUUUGGCAGAUGUUUAUGCUUUAGAUAUCCAACAAUCUAAGGGCUAAGGUGAUUCUGACUGAUUUCAGAUGUCGGAAUUGGUUGUUCUACUGGGCUGCAAUACUCCCUUGGGGUUUGUCAUAAAUCAAUAGAUCUUCAAAACUUUCAACAAUGUGGUUGAAAAGUUUGGCUUUGCAAAUACAUGAAUCACAUUUUACCUUUGAAACGGAUCUGUCCUCGUUUUUUCUCAUUACAGUUCUGGAGUCAGAUAUUUGUUCCUUUCGUUUUGGAAUUCCUAAACUAACUCCUAAUGCAAUUUAUUAUGCAGUUCCAACUUGUCUUACUAUGGACAUUAAUAAUUGGCUGAGCUGUAGUUAUCAUCUGAGUCAUGCACCAAAAAGCUUCUGAAACUUUGAAUUCUAGACAAUUUUAGAUUUAAGCUGGUCAGAUGGAUCCUUAAAAGUAAUAUGCUAAAUUUGAUAACUUGUAGCCUUUUGAGGAGGGUUGAUUAUUACAUGUGUAGCUCACCCGCAAAAAUGCAAUCCAAAAAAGAAAAAAAAUCUGAUUCUUGUGUCUAGAUGUCUGUUUCUAUUAUUGCAUAGACGACAUAUAUUUGUUAUAAUGAUGGAGUCUGCAAUGCAGUUGGAUGAUGAACAUCUAUUACAAUAUUGAAAUUUGAUACAAUUAUAUAGAAGUUUGAUUUUUAGAGUCAUGUGCUCUAAUCAGAGAUAACUUAGGAGACUUUUUAAUCUUGCAUCCCUUCUUGCUGUGGUUAAAUUGUUAAUGGAUAUCAAUAUGCAGAUAUGCAUUCUUAUAUUUGUGGGAACAAAUGGUGAGACCUACUUCAAUACGGUGGAUCUGGUUUCCUGUGUGCAAAAUUUCCCAAAGAGCCGGGGGCCUGUGGUUGGAAUAUUAAAAGGCUUUGCUGGUUUGAGUGGCGCCAUUUUGACACAGAUAUAUACCAUGAUCCAUUCCCCUGAUCACGCAUCCCUCGUAUUCAUGGUUGCAGUGGGUCCAAUAAUGGUAGUUUUUGCCCUAAUGUUCAUUGUUAGACCUGUUGGAGGUCACAGACAAGUCCGGCCAACUGAUGACUUAAGUUUCACAUUCGUCUAUGGUGUCUGCCUCCUUUUGGCUGCUUAUUUGAUGGGGGUCAUGCUUGUCCAAGAUCUAGUUCACUUAAGCCACACAGUGGUCACAAUUUUUACAGCAAUUUUGUUUGUCCUCAUUUUAGUACCAAUUGUGAUUCCUGUGUCACUGAGUUUUUCCUCAGAGCCAAAAGCUCCUGAAGCAGAGGCUUUUCUAACAGAGCCACAGAAAGACGAACCUGGCAAGUCCGAACAGGAUGCAACUGAGGUUAUAUUUAGUGAGGUGGAAGAUGAGAAGCCUAAGGAAGUAGACUUGCUUCCAGCAUCAGAAAGGCAAAAACGAAUUGCCCAUUUGCAAGCAAAACUGUUCCAAGCAGCUGCAGAAGGAGCUGUGAGGGUCAAGAGGAGGAGGGGGCCGCAUAGAGGGGAGGACUUUACCCUGAUGCAGGCUUUGAUUAAGGCGGACUUUUGGCUUAUCUUUUUCUCACUUCUUUUGGGUUCUGGAUCUGGUUUGACAGUGAUUGAUAAUUUGGGACAGAUGAGCCAGUCUUUAGGAUAUCAUAAUACACAUAUAUUUGUAUCCAUGAUCAGCAUUUGGAAUUUUCUUGGUCGAAUUGGUGGAGGUUACUUCUCUGAGAUGAUAGUCAGGGACCAUGCUUACCCACGGCCAGUGGCCAUGGCAGCGGCCCAAGUUAUAAUGGCACUCGGACACUUAUUCUUUGCUAUGGGAUGGCCUGGGGCAAUGCACAUUGGUACUCUAUUGAUUGGGCUUGGUUAUGGGGCCCACUGGGCAAUUGUGCCGGCUGCUGCCUCUGAGUUGUUUGGCUUGAAGAACUUUGGGGCUUUAUACAAUUUUCUCACACUUGCAAACCCUGCAGGUUCACUAGUGUUUUCUGGUGUCAUUGCUAGCAGUAUAUAUGAUCGUGAAGCGGAGAAACAAGCUCAUCAACACCAUCACCUGCAGCAGAACAUAGGAUCGAUUUUCUCUGGCAUGCUUAGUAUGGAUGACCCUCCAAAAUGUGAAGGUUCCAUAUGCUUCUUUCUCACUUCUAUGAUAAUGUCUGGUCUCUGCAUUAUAGCAGUUGUUUUAAGCAUGGUACUUGUACAUCGGACAAAGAUUGUCUAUGCCAACCUCUAUGGAAAAUCACGUACUUGACUUGUGGCAAGAGUAGCAAAAGGUGCAUUGUGAGUAGAGUGUUUGUCCAAUUUAUGUCAAUGUUUUGUAUACUUCAUCCGAGCUCGUGGAGAAGUUGCUGAUUUUUAACCUAUGUUUCUGAAACCUAAGCAAUUCUCCAGAACAUGGGACUCCAGAGGGGGAAGCAGAUGGAAUUUAGACACUGCUUUUUUCGGGUGUUCCACAAUGUUUGCUAUAAUGUAUUGGAGUCACAUGGUUCUGUUUUGUAUGUUGAGGUGUUGUGUAUUUCUUUUCAUUCUAGUUUGGACAUUUAUUUGGUGUGGAAGCAUUAAAUUUGUUUCCCUAAAAGUUCUUUCUUACGUCUGUUGUUGGGACUUUUUGAGGAGGAUGUGCUUACUAUUUUUCAUUCAUUAUUAACACUGAAUUUCUUAA